GUGGACCUGUCAGUAGGACAACACAGACACCACUCUGUCUUCUACUUGAUCCUGGUGAUAGAGAUAUUACAAUGUCUGCUCCUGCGAUUGCUUUGCCACCGCCUGCAUCGGCCAGGUCUCCCAAAAAGACAGCCAAGGGAAAGAAAAGUCCGACUGUAUCAAGUCUGAUACUGAAGGCUGUGGCUGCGUCCUCAGACCGCAAUGGCAUUUCCCUGGCAGCCCUGAAGAAGGCUCUCGCAGCCGGAGGGUACGACUUGAAGAAGAACAAAGUCAGGCUCGCCACCGCCAUCAGGCGCUUGGUGGCCAAGAAAACUCUGAUCAGGUCCAAAGGCUCUUUCAAGCUGAACAAAAAGCCCCCCACACCUCGUAAGAAGAAGGUGGUGAAAAAGAAGAAGCCAAAGGCCAAGAAGCCCAAGAAGGCCGGCGCAAAGAAAGCAGCAGGAGCCAAGAAGUCACCGAAGAAAAAGAAGGCGGCAAAGAGCCCCAAAAAAGCCAAGAAAGCCAAGAAAGCCGCCGCUGCCAAGAAGCCAAAGAGCGCCAGGAAAGCCACACGCAAGGUAGCCAAGGUUUCCAAGGCUGCCAAAGCUCCCAAGACCAGGACCAAAGCUGCUAAGAAGUGAAUAUUUUUCCACCUAACACUGUGUGGCACAAAGGCGUUUUUUGCCGGCCUUUGACUGUGUGGACUAAGCUGCAUUCAACUCAAGAUCCUGAGUUUGCUUUACCUAUUUUAUUUUUUUCUCUUGCUGAAAAUAUUGAACUUGCUGUUUGAGACCUCUUACUCUCUCCUUUCUGUCGUAGUCUGUAUUAGAUUGAAUGGCAAUAGUUGGAAAUGUUAAAAAAAUAAAAUGAAACUAUUUUAAUUUA